AUGCACUUGGAUGGGGAUGGCGGCCUCUUCAAGCGUCCGCUCAUCCCGAACGUCAUGCGCACCCGCCUGAGCCUCAUCAAGGCCAACGCUGCCGUCUACCAGCCGUGGUUUGAGGCCUGGCUUGACCCCUUGAGGAAGCCGCCGGAUCUCUCGCAGGAGACGGCCGAGCGUAUCCUUCAGAUCCGACGGGACGAGGGGGGAUGA